UGUAUUUCUGUAUCACCCUUUUUCUUUGCCCACUGCUCACCGCCAUCCUCGCCAUUUCCCAUCUCUACGGAAGUGUUCGUAAUCUUCGUUUUUCAACCUUUCUCGAUUUUGUUUAACGGUAGUUGAAUCUCAGCAGAAAUAUAUACAUACAUGAGCAGUUACGGAUCAGCUAACUCUCAAAAAUCAAGCGAAUCUUGACUAUAGACUCACGAAUGUGUUCGGCUGGAUCUGUUCUAGGGUAUUUUUAGGGAUUGUUGAUUGAUCUGGAACUUACAUGCUUCGAGUUUAUUUAUCAAGAAUCAAAAUCUCGAUGGUCUUCUGCAUCAUGCUUCAAGUGGUGGGCUGAAGUGUAUUAGUUGCAGUACCUUUUAAGCUUUUUCUUCGGUUGAUUUUGAACAAAAACUGGGGAAUGCUGAAAGUUCUUCUUGAUUCGAGAUUCUUCUCUGAGGUAUUCAAGCCCUUUCCCUCAGUGGAUUUACUGAGCUUUGAUUCUGAAUGGGAGAGUAGUUCCCAGGCAGAGUUCUUGGGGUCGAUUAGGUUGAAUGGUUGGCCUUCGACUCAAUCUUGGUCGCAGAUGGUUGAGUCGAGUCAAUCAAUUAGAAGAUAUGCAUCCUUGCUUACAUUCGGUUAACUCAUAGGGAUAGAUUUCGCUAAAUGGUUUUCCCGAGAUUCGGUAUGGACAAUAGGAGUUUUAUAUUGAUGCAAAGAUACGAGUUGGGGAGGUUAUUAGGCCAAGGCACGUUUGGAAAAGUUUAUUACGCCCGGAGUCUCCAAACGGGGCAGAGCAUGGCCAUUAAAGUGAUAGACAAAGACAAGAUUUCAAAGGCAAGAGUCGUAGAUCAGAUCAAACGGGAAAUAUCCAUAAUGAGACUAGUUAGGCAUCCUUACAUCAUUCACCUGCACGAAGUAAUGGCUACCAAAACGAAGAUAUAUUUCGUACUGGAAUACGCCAAAGGAGGCGAGCUCUUCAACAAGGUGGCCAAGGGAAAACUAAAAGAAGACGUUGCGCGAAAAUACUUCCAGCAGUUGAUAAAUGCCGUAGAUUUCUGCCAUAGCCGGGGUGUCUACCACCGGGAUCUAAAACCCGAGAAUAUAUUAUUAGAUGAAAACGAGAACCUCAAAGUCUCUGAUUUCGGCUUGAGUGCCAUAACCGAGUCCAAGAGAGACGACGGGCUUCUGCACACUACGUGCGGAACGCCUGCUUAUGUUGCACCCGAAGUAAUCAACCGGAAAGGCUACGACGGGGCAUUGGCUGAUAUUUGGUCAUGUGGAGUGAUUCUUUUUGUUUUGUUGGCUGGUUAUCUUCCCUUCUAUAACUCGAAUUUGAUGGAGAUGUACAGAAAGAUCGGGAAAGCGGAAUAUAAAUUCCCGAGCUGGUUCUCGCUCGAAGUGCGCAAGCUUCUCGCAAGAAUAUUAGAUCCGAAUCCGAGCAGUAGAAUCACAAUCGAAAAGAUUAAGGAAAGCUCGUGGUUCAAACGAGGGUUACAGCCCAAGAGAAGAAUAAACGAUCCGGAAAGUAGUAGUUCAUCCGACACUGAAGGACCUUCGAGGAUGUCGUAUCUGAACGCAUUCCACAUUGUUUCCAUGUCGGACGGGUUCGAUCUAUCAAGGCUUUUCGAGGAUUCCACUUCGAAAAAGGAUUCCCGAUUUAUUUCUUGGAAACCUGCAUCGGUAAUCGUCUCUAAGCUCGGGGAAAUCGCCAAGCGAAUGAAGAUGAAGAUAAGUAAAAAGGACGGCGGGUUGUUUAAGUUUGAAGGAAUUAAGGAAGGUCGGAAAGGUGUCUUGUGCUUCGACACUGAGAUCUUUGUGCUAAGCCCCGAGAUUCAUUUGGUUGAAGUGAAGAAAACAAGCGGGGACACACUUGAGUAUCAGAAGAUACUAGACGAGGGGAUAAGGCCGGGACUCCAGGACAUCGUUUGGGCUGCGACGCCACAGGAAGACAACCUUGUACAACAUCCGAACCAGACACAACAGGACCACAUACAUCAACUCCCCGAAGGUGGUACCGAGAUUUUGGGUACGUAACUGUGUGUGUGUAUUUCUUCUAUCUGUGUGCAUCUGUUAUAUCCUAUAGGCAAUAUACAAAUUACAUUUGAAAUGGGUAACAUUCUUGCUUA